AAAAUGGCAAAUCUCUCUACUUUGAUCACGAUAGCUCUCCUCCUUUGCGCCACCAUGCUAACGUGCAGCGCCCGCCCUGAACCUGCCUACUUCGCCUCCUUCACAACCUCUCCGGCGGAUACACUUAGUCUGGAAAUGAUAGAAUCAAAAUUACAUGAGGUGGCGGGAGAGAGCUGCGAUAAAGAAGACGACGAAGAUUGCUUGGUGAGAAGAACAUUGACGGCUCAUCUUGAUUAUAUCUACACACAUAAGAAUAAUCAUCAUUAAUUAGCUGU